AGCAACAUGGCGCCAGAAAAAAAUACUGAGAAGCCCAAAUUGAGCAGGAAGCAACUCCGAGGUCAUGGUAUUGAAUUCAUCAAAAAGGUCUCCAAUAUCGAUGAACUGGACAGUUGGCUACAGCCAAUAGGUCGUGCCAUAACGCGGUUACAGGAACGUUUUCCGAAAGCUACAAGGAAUACAUUCAACGAAGAACUGGAGCAGUUUUAUCUCCACGGUCAGGAUCGCGACGAUGCUCGCAGAGAAGAUUGGUGCCUAAGGCCUGUUGAUAAUUUCGACUAUCUCCAGCGAGAGGAUUACACCACUUCUGCAGCUGUAGGAGAUCAUCUGAAGCCAGAAAGUUAUCAGCAUGCUUUAGAAGACUGGGCCAGACUGAACCCUAAGAUUACACGAGUCUCACAGCCGAAACCUGACCUCACUUAUGGGUUCCCUGUCAUUUCACCCAAAGACGAGUUGUUUCGGACUUCAGAGGGCGAUCAUCAAGUGGAAAGCUUCUUUUUGACAGUCCUCGGGGAGCUACGAAACAGAAAAAAAGAAAGCCUCAUCUCAGCACCAACGACAGCUUUGCACAAUUGGGUAGCGAAUGAUAAAGCUAAGCCAUUAGAGGCCAAAGAUUUGAUGUGUUUCCCGUGGGCCGUCGUAGAGGUCAAACGUGGCACUGCAGAACUGGUUGCAGAUGAUGAGCACAAAGACAACAAAGCCAAAUCGAGGGACCAUGAGAAAAGAGCGCAAUUCUGCUAUUGUCAAGCGGCAAAUGCCUCCGCUGCAGGACUUACUCUGCGAGAACAUUUGGCUGCAAGGGCAAGAGACAGUUCCAACUUGCAUAACGCUCGAGUCAUGUUCUCUUUUACUUGUGUUGGCUCAGCUGUCAAGCUCUGGAUCACCUAUCGGGAGAAGCCGAAUGUGAAAGAUUGGGUAUAUGCUCGCGUUAAGCCCGAGAUCUCAAGAUGGAUUCAUGACGUUCGUCAAAAUCGUCCUCAGAUAUUCUCCCUCACACCCAGUGGAGAUACAGUGAUACAAAAGAGAAGGGCCGCAUCUUGUGAACCAUAUAGCGAGACGGCGGAUCUUGAGAAAUUGGUUUCGCCCGCCUCGAGAAGUCGACAUCGCACCCCAGCGAGGCCCACUCUGCCACAUGGUAAGACAGCUCCUGGGUCUCUCGAUAGGCGAUUGGCCAGAGCCAGCAUUCCGAAAAUACAAUUGAAUAGAUUUACGGAGCAAGAUGGAGGAGAAAUCGAUGAUACUUCAGAUGAGGGAUAUGCGAGUAUUCACACCAGGAGACAGUGGGAAAGUGAGGAAGACGAGGAGGAAAAUAUGUCUGCAUUCAUUUACAAUGAUGAACCAUCUGAGGAUGAUUCCGAUGCCUCGUACGUACCAUCAAGUUCAGAGGAUGAGAGCACGGAAGGUGAGAGCGUAGAGGAUGAAGAAAGUAGUGACAAUGGGGCCAGCAGCGGUGAAGACUUGAGUGGGCAAGAAGAGAACGAUGACGAGUACGAUCUUUCAGACAGCGAAAGACACUGCAACCGAUUGAACCAUCAGUCGCGUGCGUUUUCAAGAUUAGAGGUGUACUGCACUCCGACAAAAGCCUAUAAGUCGAGCAAACCAGCGGAGAGCAGGUCGAAAAGGGAUCGGCGUCGUAGUUCGCGCUUUUAA